GGAGAACAGCCUUAAAACCCCCUUUUCUUUGCAUGUUAGAAGGCAAGAAAAGAAUCCAUUGUUUGCGAGGAAGUUCCUUGUAACUUCUUGUGUAGCUCUCGCUUCAAAUGUUGUUGGUGCUAGUUUAAAUAAACAUCACUUCUUUCUUUCUUUCUUUCAAGAAACACAACUCUUUUUUCUUUUCUAAUUUUCAUCUCUCUUCCUCACCUUUGUUUCCUAUAGAAAUAUUCAGCUUUCUGGGGAUUUGUUGCGUUUUGUCAAGCUCUCAAAAACUUGCUUUUGGACUUCUGGACUUUUGUACUUCUUGAGAAGUUCUUUUUUAAUUAGAACCAUUAAUAAACCAUAUAUAUCUUGAAAAGAUGGGCGUUAGUGGCACUUUGGAGUUUUUAUCUGACUUGGUGGGAAGUGGUGGCCAUAAACACAAAAAGAAGCAGUUGCAGACUGUAGAGCUCAAGGUCAGGAUGGACUGUGAUGGCUGUGAACUUAAGGUCAAGAAUGCCCUUUCUUCAAUGAGUGGAGUAAAAAAGGUGGAGAUAAACAGAAAACAACAAAGGGUGACUGUUUCAGGAUAUGUUGAUUCAAAUAGGGUCUUGAAGAAGGCAAAGUCAACAGGGAAAAGGGCAGAGAUUUGGCCAUAUGUUCCUUACAGUUUAGUGGCUCAACCUUUCGCUACCCAGGCUUAUGACAAGAAAGCACCUCCUGGUUAUGUCAGGAAAGUAGAGAACACUGCCGCCAUAGGCACUGUGACUAGAUAUGAGGACCCCUACACCUCCAUGUUCAGCGACGACAACCCAAAUGCUUGCUCUAUCAUGUAAUGUAACCGAAAUUAAGACGUCUACCGAAUGUCCCAUCGACCCGCUUCUCCUUCUCAGGGGUUUAAACACCACUGCAAAAUUCCCAUGUAGAGUUUAUCUCAAUUUUCAUUUGUUCGUGGGGGAUUUUCAUAUUAUGCAGUAAUAAGAAUGAGUAGACGAGUAUCACCCUUUUUGGACCUUUUGAAUGGUCCCAAACAAUGUUUUGUAGUUUUGCAGUGAGUUGUUUUGAUGGGCCUAGACUUUAGCAUGGGAUUAGGUAUUUGAUGGUGAAAUACUGUUGGUAGUUGUGAGGCACCUCUGAGCAGUAACAGCUCACUUUAUUUUA